AUGUCUCGCCAAGCGAUCUUUAAAAAUGUUCGGCUGGUCGCAUCUUUCAUCGGUCCGAUCAAUUUACCUUCAACCAUCAUUCGAAAUCUUUCGUCGAGAAACGGCAAAAGUAAUCCAUCACCUUUGAUUUCUCAACAACACAAGGAAUUGGGAUUAUCAAAGAUUUCACGUCCCAACGAAACGAUCAACCAGAAACGGUCGAGAUUAAUUUAUCAAUCACGUAAAAGAGGAAUUCUGGAAACCGAUCUGAUCCUUUCAACCUUUGCGCAAAAGUAUUUACACGAAUUCUCCGAGCAAGAAUUACAAGAAUACGACGAAUUGUUGGAUUCUCCUGACUGGGAUAUUUAUUAUUUUGUCAUUGGGAAAAAACCAGUUCCACAACGAUGGUCAAACAGUGAUGUAUUUAGAAAAUUGCACCAACACGUAAAAAAUGAAGGGAAGGUUAUCUUGAGAAUGCCUGACUUGUGA